ACAGUUAGACUAGCAGAUGAUCGCAAAAUAUUGAGUUACCAUGCUGAAAUUUGAUAUUAUCAUCUGUGAUAACGAUAUUGAUGGUUCGGUUUAAUAAUGUCAACAGAAAGACUGCUAGAUGGUGGUGUAAGUUCUAAAAAUUCUUAUGCGAUAUGAAAUAAUAAUUUUUGAAAUUACUGUAAGUCACGCUUGUUAAAAAAAUAAUGUAAAAAAUUUAUCAAAGAAAGCUUCAAUAAAAGAGUGAUCGAUUAACUUGAUUAACUGGUGAAAUUAAUGUCUGAUAGUGUACAGAGCGAUGUCACUUGUGAUUAUCGAGAGAGGAAAAUUUUCCUCGAGGAAUAAUUUUUUUCUCUUUCACUUUAUUUUCCAAUUAUAGUGGAACCUUUGUACGCUAAAUAGGCUUUUAAAGCAACUCCGAUACAAGUUGUGCAAAAAAAAUAAUUGGAGAAUGAACGACGCAUUCAUCGUUAUCCACGGGCACUACGUACUACGGAGGAGUGCGAUCAUACUGAGACAGUUGCCAUGGUAAGAAGUUAAAGAAGUUGAGGAGAAUUUCCAUCUUGAGAAUAAAGACAUCUGGGCAAAGAAGAGCAAAAAAAAAAAGAAAUAAAUAAUAAUAACAGCAUAAUAGAAUGAUAAUAAUGGAUUCUGAUAGCAGUAAUAGCAGUUUCGCUGAGAGUAUGACGAGUUUUGAUCGUAAAAACUCGAUCGACGAGGAGGACACCCAGCAGUUGCUGCUCGAGUGUGGGCUGAGAGAAAUUGCUGCUGAAGAGCCAUCACAGCCCCCGCUUGAGGAAAAUCAACUUGAAUUUAAGAGGUUGCUCCAAUCGAUGAUGGACUCCGACAAUGAUCAAGAUGAUGAUGAUGAUGAUGAUGACCAGGAUAAAAGUGGUGAUGGCAAUAAUGGUGAUGAUAAUAAUUUAAAGAAGAAAAGUGGGGAUCAAGAAGAUGACAAAAUUCAAGAUUUGCUGAUGGCAGGACCUGAGUCUCCUAACGAUCAUCGGCUGGAGUACAUCGGGAUGUGCAUCCAAAAAUCCCUUAAGCUGAAGCCCGAGAAAUGGAGCCGCUUGCUAUUGACGGAGGACUAUCGCAACGCGGUGCUGGAUUUUCUGGACAAUCCUUAUCCAGCAGCUUUGUUUGUCGUUCUGACACCGAACGCCCAACUUGUGGCUUCUUGCAAUUUUCCAAUUCCGUGUCAACGAACCAAAGGAACUUACGCGGUCAAAGUAAGAAUGACUCCAGUACCAAAAGACGUGGAAGGAUGCGCCUCCAUGUUGAUCCUAGGAGACUUGUCAAAUCGGGUUGUUGAUGAACUAGCGACUUUGGUGGACAACGUGUACGCACCUUUACUCUGCAAGUCGGAAAACCACAAGGACCUGCCAGAAAUCGCGGUCCAGGACAUUAGCAGGCAGGUCCAUCUGAUCAGAGGAACUUUGUAUCAGGUGAAGGGUCAAGUCAAUGGAAGGACGGUUCUCCCUAUGCCAGCGGGGUUGGAAAAAGUCGCCGAGGUCGAGAAGAAAGUUAUUCAGGAAGGUCCGCAAGCUGUUGAUCUUUACUUGAAAAGCGCGAUCGAAGGUGUAGUCAUAAAAUGGGCUUAUUUAGUGAACGAUGUCGUGACACAGGAGUCUGGAGCUGCGUUUGAUAAUGGUCAGAAUCCGACUCCUAAUGUUGAGAUUGAGUACUGGUCCAAACGUCUUACUAAUUUGAGGUACAUAUUUGACCAACUGAGAGAAGAUCGUGUUCGGAAAAUGGCGAUAAUCUUGGAAAAAACAGACAGCGCAUACUAUCCUUGUUUUCGAACCCUGUUCAACAACGUAGUCUGCUCACUAGCAGAAGCCAAAGAGAUCUCGAUGUACUUGACUCCCCUCAGAAAGCCCUUCAAAGCGAUCGAAGAAAUAGAUUUCUCAGAAGCGAAGCCUCUCAUGCCAACUCUGAUCCACGUGGUUGGUCUCGCUUGGGCCAAAGCUCGGUACUACCAAAAUUCAGCAAAGUUGAUAAUUCUGUUUCGGCAAAUUUCAAACCUGUUGAUUCAAGCAGCUCGAAAAUUUUUGGACCCCUCGUCAAUCUUUCAAAGCGACGUUGACGAAGCUCUCCAGCGUGUCCAAAUUUCGAAAAGUGUUCUAGAAGAAUUUAAGUACCAAUUUGAGAAAGCUCGCUCCAAACCUGGUAUGAAGGCAGACUCUCCACCUUGGACCUUCAACUCUUCAGCGAUCUUCAACCGACUUGACCUAUUCCUGAAGCGGCUUGCAGACAUCGAAUGGUUGUUCCGAACGGUUUUGGAAUUCUCAAAGCUCGAAAAAAUCGAAAUUGGCGGGAUACUAGGACGAUCAUUGAGCUUGCGAAUAGUCGCUGUGGUUAAGGAAUUUCAGUCACUGUUUGCAUCCUUCUCAGCACGAGCUAGCGACGUACUUGAGCCGGACGAUGAAUCCUUUGCAGUGGACUGUGCCAAAUUCAGCGAAUCAAUCAUGGACCUAGACAGCAAAUUGGCAGCGAUUCUUUGCCAAGCUUUUGACGACUGCAGCAAUUUGGAAAGUGCUUUUAAGCUGAUCAAUAUAGCGGGUACUGUUCUAAACCGACCAGUGAUCCGCAAGCAGUUUACGGAUCGGUACUCAAGAAUAUACGAGCUACUUAAUAAUGAGCUGACAAUGGUAGAAGUGCUGUUCAAUCGCGGAGUUCGCGGUGCAUUUGCCGAUUUGCCGCCUCUUGCUGCGGCAUUGCAGUUCACGAGUAUGCUCAGACAGCGAAUAAAUCUUCCAAUGCAGUCAUUCAAAACUCUUCAGCCAUGUAUUGUUGAGAGCAAGGAGGGACAGGAAAUUAGUAAGAGGUAUGAAAGAUUGAUUAAUUUGCUCACCGAUAAUGAUACCGAGCUCAUUCAAGACUGGACCGACCUGGUACCCGAUAUUGUUAAGAAAGGGCUACAGUAUACUUUGUUAACACGUGAUCGGGUUUCUAUUCUUCUGAAGGUUAAUUUUGAUGCCAAUUUAUUGGCUGCUUUAGUUGAGGUUAAUUACUUGAAGAAAAAUUCUCUGGCGGAAAUUCCUGAGAUUGCGCUCAAAGUAGCUGAAAAAUCAGAAAUAUUUCGUAAAUUUCUAAACCACUUAAGCACAACCGUAACAGCCUACAACGACAUCCGACGUACUUCCCGUCAAAUAGAAUACAAUUUAAUCGAAUUAGAGGUCGCAAGAAUAGACUCGAUGAUAGCACGGGGGGAAAAAGAGCUUUGUUGGGAUUCGGACAAUCUUGCGGACUACAUAAAUGAACUGGGAACUCUGGUCCAGAGCCUCUGGAAGCGUUUGAAGGCAAUCCAGUUGAACAUUGAUAAGAUACACGACAUUUUAGAGCCCUGGACCAGAACCCCUCUAAUUGAGCGCAAAGAGCAUCGUAAAGAUACGCUUCUCGCAUUAGAUGAGAGGGCUGACAACGUAGCCAAGCGAUAUGCCGACAUACAGAAGGCUUCUGAGCAGAUUCACAAGCUGCUCGAAGAAAACAAAGCGCUUUUUGAGAUCUCAUCAGAGGUCGACGCAGCCUGGGAGGAGUACGUUGAAUAUGUAGAUGAUAUUGUCAUCGAGUCGUUGAGGAAGAUCGUUGGCUGUUGUUUAAGUUAUCUCUCGGAGAAUAUGGACCCAGUGGGCCAGAAAGAACCUCUGUUGGAAGCCAAGUUGGAACUGAGAGAGCCUGACUUGUACUAUGAGCCUUCGCUCGAUCCUGAUGAUCCUGAUAGUCUCGAGCAGUUGAUUGUUAGUUUAUUGAGCGAUAUUAUGAACAUGGCGACUCUGGUUCCGAGGUUGAAGAAAAAUGCUUCUACAUAUAGGGAUGAUAUUGAGAUUGAUGUGGACAUUAAGGCGAUGAAGAAUGAAAUUAUGGCGGGGGUCAAUAAGGCCAUUGAUGAGGCUACUGAGUUUUGUGGGAUAUUUGAAGGAUACGCCUAUCUAUGGUUAGAAGACCGAGAAACUGUAAUGCACCAAUUCCUGGAGUACGGCCGUCAAUUGACCAUAGAAGAAAUGGAAAUGAUAGCGAUGCUGGAUCCGAAAGCACCCCCUAAAGCAACCCCUCGGAUGGAUCAAUUCCGUGAGCAGAUUGACUUGUACGAGGGACUAUAUCUCGAGAUCGAAGAGAUGAAACCAUCGCGUAUUUUUUGCGGAUGGUUUAGAGUAAACCUCCGACCCUUCAAGCAAUCCUUGCUCAAUACCGUAUGCAAAUGGUCUAGUAUGUUCAAGAAACACUUAGUCGAACGAGUCACAACCAGUUUAUCUGAUCUCGGGAACUUUAUUCGCUUGGCUGACGAGAGUCUACUCCAGCAAAUUCAACCAGGGGACUACGCCGGGCUGAUCAGUGUCAUGGGUUAUUUGAUGCAAAUAAAAGAACGUCAGCCCAUUACGGAUGACAUGUUCCAACCUCUGCAGGAAACUAUCGAGCUCCUCAAGUUCUACGAUCAGGACAUCCCCGAAGAGGUUAAUGUUUUUCUUCAGGAAUUGCCCGAACAGUGGGCAAAUACCAAAAAAUUAGCUUUGAUUGUAAAGCAACAGGUGGCGCCACUGCAAGCGGGAGAAGUAUCAAGGAUUCGCGGAAGAAUAUCUGCCUUUGACACGACAAUCUGCCAUUAUCGGGAAGCGUUUCGUCGAUACGCAUUCUUCGGAUACGACUGUGAAAACGCGUACGGAUUGCUGGACGAAGCCGAUCGGGAACUCUGCAUGCUCGAAAGGCAGAUGAAAGACAUUCAAGAUUCGGCUUCGCUGUUCGAAGUCUCCGUUCCGGAAUUCAAGCAAUUAAAGCAAUGCAGACGCGAACUUCGGAUGUUGAAGCAACUGUGGGAUUAUGUCUUCAUAGUUCGCAGUAGCAUAGAGGGCUGGAAAACAACCCCCUGGAGGAAAAUCGAUGUUGAGAACAUGGACAUUGAGUGCAAAAAGUUCGCUAAAGAAAUUCGAGUUUCGCUGGACAAAGAAAUGAGGCCGUGGGACGCUUACGUAAAGCUGGAAGCUACGGUAAAAAAUAUGCUGACUUCAUUGCGGGCAGUAGGGGAGCUUCAAAAUCCAGCAAUUCGCGAGAGACAUUGGCGACAAUUGAUGAACAGUACCAAGAGAUUGGGUGACAUGACUCCAGAAAUGACCGUACGAUUUGUGAUGGACGAUUCGACAACUCUGGCAGAUUUGCUCGAACUGAACCUCCAUGAGUGUGAAGAAGAGGUAAAAAAUAUCGUUGACAAAGCUGUCAAGGAAAUGUCCAUGGAGAAGUAUCUGCGAGAGUUGAAUGCCACAUGGUCAAUGAUGGAGUUCGAACGAGAAGUUCAUCAACGGACGGGAGCUGUUCUUUUGAGAGCUAGUGAAGAGUUAAUAGAAACGCUCGAGGAGAACCAGGUGCAAUUGCAAAACCUGAUAACUUCCAAGUUCAUCGCGCAUUUCUUGGAAGAAGUAUCAGCGUGGCAAAAGAAGCUGAGUAUUGCUGACCAGGUGACUACUGUCUGGUUUGAGGUUCAGCGAACCUGGAUGCACUUGGAAAGCAUUUUUUUAUCUUCUGAAGAUAUCAGGAAACAAUUACCAGUUGAUGCUGAUCGAUUUGACAGGAUAGACGCUGAAUUCAAAAAGAUGACGGAAGAUAUGGCCAAAACACCUAAUGUUGUCCAAGCUACCAAUCGUGAUGGCUUGGCUGGUGCGCUGGAUACCCUUCAACGAGAACUAGUCCUUUGUGAAAAAGCAUUGGCUGAGUACUUGGAAACCAAGAGGCUUGCAUUUCCAAGAUUUUACUUCAUUUCUUCGACAGAUUUACUAGACAUCCUUUCCAACGGAAACCAACCGGAGAUUGUUGCUAAGCAUCUUACUAAACUGUUUGAUUCAAUGGCCAGGCUCAAGUUUGAUGACAACAAUGACAAAGUCAAGCGUGCUGUUGGGAUGCAUGCGAAGGAUGGCGAGUAUGUAGCCUUUACUAACUGUGAAAUGUCUUGCGAUGGAGCUGUCGAGGUCUGGUUGAAUCGGCUUCAACACGCAAUGCGAGCUUCAACUCGGCAUUACUUCAGCGAAGCUGUUGUGAGUUACGAAGAAAAGCCCCGUGAGCAAUGGCUGUUCGAUUACCCAGCUCAGGUGUCUCUUUGUGGGACGCAAAUCUGGUGGACCACUGAGGUCAAUUUGGCGUUUUCGCGCCUUGAGGAAGGCUAUGACAAUGCGCUGAAAGAUUAUCUUAAAAAGCAGAUUCUGCAAUUGAGUACUCUGAUCACUCUUCUGCUGGGUGAAUUAAGCAAGCAGGACCGUCAAAAGGUGAUGACCAUUUGUACUAUUGAUGUCCAUUCGAGAGACGUUGUUGGAAAACUGGUUCAGGCAAAGGUUGAGACAGCCCAAGCGUUUCAAUGGCAAAGCCAACUUCGACAUCGCUGGGAUGACAAGGAGAAGGAUUGCUUUGCCAAUAUUUGCGAUGCUCAGUUUAAGUACUCUCAUGAAUACUUGGGCAACACUCCAAGGUUGGUGAUAACUCCUUUGACGGAUAGGUGUUAUAUUACAUUAACCCAGUCGUUGCAUUUAAUAAUGGGCGGAGGACCAGCGGGACCAGCUGGAACCGGAAAAACAGAGACUACAAAAGACCUGGGUCGUGCUUUAGGCAUCAUGGUCUACGUCUUUAAUUGUUCCGAGCAAAUGGACUACAAAUCGUGUGGAAAUAUCUACAAAGGUCUUGCCCAGACUGGUGCUUGGGGAUGCUUCGACGAGUUCAAUCGUAUUUCUGUUGAAGUGCUGUCGGUAGUUGCAGUCCAAGUCAAAAGCGUCCAAGACGCAAUUCGUGACAAGAAGAAGACCUUCAACUUCAUGGGCGACAUAAUUGGCCUAGAACCCACAGUAGGGAUUUUCAUUACCAUGAAUCCAGGUUAUGCUGGUCGUACAGAAUUACCGGAGAAUCUUAAAGCGUUGUUCAGACCUUGUGCUAUGGUAGUGCCUGACUUUGAGCUGAUUUGCGAGAUCAUGUUGGUAGCAGAAGGCUUCCAGGAAGCUAGAGUACUAGCUCGGAAAUUCAUAACACUGUACACACUUUGUAAGGAAUUAUUGUCGAAGCAAGACCACUACGAUUGGGGACUCAGAGCCAUCAAAUCGGUGCUAGUUGUUGCGGGAAGUCUGAAACGUGGUGAUCCAGGAAGACCUGAAGAAGAAGUUUUAAUGCGAGCUUUGAGGGACUUCAACAUUCCUAAAGUAGUCACGGAUGAUUUGCCAGUUUUCAUGGGUCUCAUUGCUGAUUUGUUCCCUGCGCUGGAUGUUCCUCGAAAGAGAGACGUUGAGUUUGAAAAAACAGUCAAGCAAGCAGCCGCUGAUUUACUUCUCCAGCCUGAAGAUGGGUUUAUCUUGAAGGUAGUCCAAUUGGAAGAGCUAUUAGAAGUUCGUCAUUCGGUUUUUAUCGUCGGGACUGCUGGUUGUGGUAAAACCCAAGUGUGGAGGACGCUUUUUCGUACUUACCAAAACAUUAAACGCAAGCCUAUGUACAAUGACUUGAACCCCAAGGCAGUGACUAACGAUGAACUUUUUGGAAUCAUCAAUCCUGCGACUCGCGAAUGGAAGGACGGGCUCUUUUCUGUGAUCAUGAGAGAACAGGCUAAUUUGGGAGGCGAAAAUCCUAAAUGGAUCAUCCUUGAUGGUGACAUUGACCCAAUGUGGAUCGAAUCUCUGAACACGGUGAUGGACGACAACAAAAUUCUGACUCUCGCUAGCAAUGAAAGAAUAGCUCUAACUCCAGCUAUGAGGCUGCUUUUUGAAAUCUCCAAUCUGAGGACAGCGACGCCUGCUACCGUUUCACGAGCUGGAAUCCUGUAUAUAAACUCCCAGGAUCUUGGAUGGAAUCCUUAUGUAACCAGUUGGAUAGAGACGAGAACCAUCCCUGCAGAAAAAUCAAACCUAGUAACACUUUUUGAUAAGUACAUUCCCAUCUGCCUGGAGACUCUAAGGACAAGGUUCAAGAAAAUCACUCCCAUCGCAGAUAUGGCACAUGUAGAAAUGCUGUGCCAUCUUCUCCACUGUCUUCUCAGGCCAGAAUUGACAACAGCGGAGUUCACCAAAGACCACUACGAGCUGUACUUUGUUUUCGCAGCAGUUUGGGCAUUUGGCUCUGCGAUGUUUCAAGAUCAAACUGUUGACUAUCGCGUUGAGUUUAAUAAGUGGUGGGUUAACGAAUUCAAACAGGUAAGAUUUCCAACUCAAGGGACCGUUUUUGACUACUACAUUGACUCUGAAACUAAGGAAUUUACGCCAUGGUCUGAGCGAGUUCCCAGAUUUGAAUUGGACCCAGAUAUGCCUUUGCAAGCUGCCCUGGUCUAUACUUCAGAGUCGAUCAGGAUUAAAUACUUCCUGGAUUUGCUGAUGGCUGAGAAAAACCCAGUUAUGCUUGUCGGUACAGCUGGUUGCGGAAAAACAGUUCUGGUGUCGGAAAAACUUCUCCAGUUAUCGGAAAACUAUGCAGUCACAAAUGUGCCUUUCAACUUCUAUACAUCUUCGGAAAUGCUGCAAAAAAUCUUGGAAAAACCUUUGGAAAAGAAAGCUGGUCGUAAUUACGGCCCUCCGGGAAGUAAAACUCUGAUUUACUUCAUCGACGACAUGAACAUGCCGGAAGUAGACACCUACGGAACUGUUCAACCUCAUACUUUGAUCAGACAGCACUUGGACUAUGGACAUUGGUACGAUCGGACUAAACUGAGCCUCAAAGACAUUCAUAACUGUCAGUACGUCAGUUGUAUGAAUCCAACUGCUGGUUCUUUCACGAUUAACCCGAGGUUGCAGAGGCACUUCGCAGUGUUUGCUGUUAGCUUUCCCAACCACGAAUCACUUACCACUAUUUAUUCAUCGAUUCUGUCCCAACAUCUGGCGAAUCUGGAGCACAGAUUUCCUCUCUGUGUCACCGACCUGUGCAACAACAUCGUCCAGGCAGCUUUGCAGCUUCACAAUCGUUGCAGCCAGGUGUUUUUACCUACGGCGACUAAGUUUCACUACAUAUUCAACCUCCGCGAGCUGUCCAAUUGCUUUCAAGGAAUGCUGUUCAGUGGAAACGAGUGCUUGCAGCAACCUUGCGACAUAAUCCGUCUCUGGAUGCACGAAACACAUCGUGUUUAUGGAGAUAAGCUUACAGAUGAAAAAGAUAUUGAAAACUUUGGAAAAUUGCAAUUGGAUAUCUUGAAAAAAAAUACAGAAGAAAUUGACGAAGGCGCUGUUCUGGAGAAACCCAAUAUUUACUGUCACUUUGCAGGUGGAGUGGGUGAACCAAAAUACAUGCCAAUAAAAAACUGGGUUACUCUUCACCGUCUGCUGUCAGAGGCUCUUGUCAGCUACAAUGACUUAGUAGCAGCGAUGAACCUAGUUCUUUUUGAGGACGCGAUGAUGCAUGUCUGCAGGAUUAACAGAAUUCUCGAGUCUCCUCGUGGUAGCGCUCUACUAGUUGGCGUCGGUGGUUCUGGAAAGCAAAGCUUGUCAAGGUUAGCUGCAUUUAUAAGCUCUCUGGAAGUGUCCCAAAUCCAACUUCGAAAAGGAUACGGAGUGCUAGAUCUGAAGAUGGAAUUAGCGGGCUUGUACAUGAAAUCAGGAAUGAAGAACAUUGGGAUUAUGUUUCUGAUGACCGAUGCUCAGGUUCCUAAUGAGCAGUUCCUUGUUCUGAUCAAUGACAUGCUCGCUUCUGGAGAGGUCCCUGAUUUAUUCCCAGAAGACGAAGUUGAGAAUAUCAUUGCAGGAGUGAGAAAUGAAGUGAAGGGAGCGGGGAUAUUAGACAGUCGUGAAAACUGCUGGAAGUUCUUUAUCGAUCGCGUAAGGAGGCAGCUCAAAGUUGUUUUGUGUUUUUCACCAGUCGGCUCGACUUUACGAGUUCGAUCACGUAAAUUUCCAGCGAUUAUAAACUGUACCGCAAUAAAUUGGUUCCACGAAUGGCCCCAGGAGGCGUUAAUGUCUGUUUCAAAAAGUUUUCUUGAGGACUUGGACGAAUUGCCGGAAGAUUGCAGAGAGUCGGCUGCUAAGUUCAUGGCCCAUGCUCACACGACCGUGAACGCAACGAGCCGUCUCUAUUUAGCGGGUGAGCGACGGUACAAUUACACGACACCAAAGUCAUUCUUGGAGCAAAUUAGUCUGUAUAUGAAACUGCUUAAGGCUAAAGCCAGUGAAUUAAGCGGUCGGAUUGAGCGACUGGAAAACGGGCUGGCUAAGUUAAGAUCAACCGCGGCACAAGUCGCUGAACUUAAGCAGAAACUGGCAUUACAGGAGGUUGAGUUGCAACAAAAAAACGAAGCUGCUGAUAAACUUAUUGCUAUCGUUGGUAUUGAGACUGAAAAGGUCCAGAAGGAGAAAGCUCUCGCGGAUGAGGAGGAGACAAAGGUGGCGGUUAUUGCCGAGGAAGUACUGAAAAAACAAAGGGAAUGCGAGGCUGAUUUAGUGAAAGCUGAGCCAGCAUUACUGGCAGCUCAAGAGGCUUUAAACACUCUUAAUAAAGCGAAUCUCACAGAAUUAAAGUCAUUUGGAUCACCGCCGGGUGCCGUGACCAACGUGACUGCCGCGGUGAUGGUACUUCUCGCACCUAGUGGCAAAGUGCCAAAGGACAGAAGCUGGAAAGCCGCCAAAAUCGUUAUGGCGAAAGUUGACGCCUUUCUGGAUUCCCUCAUAAACUAUGACAAGGAAAAUAUCCAUCCAGAAGUUACAAAAGCAAUUCAACCGUACUUAAAGGAUUCGGAAUUUGAACCGGAGUUUGUAAGAUCAAAAUCCGCAGCUGCUGCUGGAUUAUGCGCUUGGGUUAUCAAUAUUAUCAAGUUCUACGAAGUAUUCUGUGAUGUUGAGCCCAAACGCAAAGCGCUCGCGCAAGCUAAUGCUGAAUUAGCAGCUGCUCAAGAUAAAUUGAGUGGUAUAAAGCGGAAAGUUGCGUCAUUAGAAGAGCAAUUAGCGAAGCUAACAGCGGACUUUGAACAAGCGACAUCGGAGAAGCUCAAGUGCCAGCAGGAAGCAGACGCCACUAAUGCAAUCAUCGCGUUGGCUAAUCGAUUAGUCGGAGGUCUUGCCUCGGAGAAUGUACGAUGGGCUGAUUCAGUAGCUAAUUUGAAGCAUCAAGGCGAGACCUUACCCGGUGAUGUAUUACUCAUCACAGCGUUCAUAUCUUACGUCGGCUGCUUCACCAAAUCGUUUCGUCAGGAUCUUCUUCAUCGUCAAUGGCUCCCAUUUCUGAAAACCGUCGAACCGUCUGUUCGAAUCACCGACGGUCUUGAUGUGCUCACGUUAUUGACUAACGACACACAGAUCGCCAAGUGGAAUAACGAGGGACUGCCCAACGAUCGCAUGAGUACAGAGAAUGCUACCAUCUUGUCUAAUUCGGAUCGAUGGCCUCUGAUGAUUGAUCCUCAGCUCCAAGGCAUCAAGUGGAUAAAACAAAAGUACGGGGAUGAUUUGCGUGUGAUUAGAUUGGGACAGCGUGGUUCCUUGGAAGUAAUCGAGCAGUCCUUGGCCCAAGGAGCCACUGUGUUGAUAGAAAACAUCGGAGAGUCAGUAGAUCCCGUUUUAGACCCUCUUCUAGGGCGGAAUCUGAUCAAAAAGGGCCAAGCGAUAAAAAUUGGUGACAAAGAAGUAGAGUACAACCCCAAAUUCAGGCUGAUACUCCACACCAAGCUUGCAAACCCUCACUACAAGCCAGAGAUGCAGGCCCAGACAACUCUGAUCAACUUCACCGUGACAAGAGACGGUUUGGAAGACCAGCUCCUGGCAGAAGUUGUCAAAGUAGAGCGCCCUGAUUUAGAGGACCUGAAAGCUGAUCUUACCAGGCAGCAGAACGACUUCAAGAUCACUUUGAACAGCUUGGAGGACUCGCUUCUUUCCAGGUUGUCUUCAGCGGACGAAAACGUUCUUGGAGACACAGCCUUGGUCGAAAAUUUGGAGACGACGAAGAGAACCGCUGCAGAAAUUGAGUGCAAAGUUACGGAAGCAAGGGGCACUAGCAAAGAAAUAGACGCUGCUAGAGAGCUAUACCGGCCUGCAGCGGCAAGGGCGUCUCUGCUGUACUUCAUUUUGAAUGACUUGAACACGAUAAAUCCGAUCUACCAGUUCUCGCUGAAGGCUUUUAGCGUGGUCUUUCAGAAGGCGAUAAUCAAGGCAGAUCCUGCGCCAGAUGUUACUGGCAGGGUGAUGAAUUUGAUUGAGUGCAUAACUUACUCUGUGUUCAUGUACACGACCAGGGGACUGUUCGAGUGCGACAAAUUGAUAUUCACCUCGCAGAUGGCCUUCCAGAUUCUGCUGAUCAGACGCGAAAUUUCUUCAGCGGAGCUGGAUUUCCUUCUGAGGUUCCCUAUUGUUCCCCAUGUCACGUCGCCGGUUGAUUUUUUGACUAAUUCCAGUUGGGGUGGAAUCCGAAGUCUUGCGUCGAGGGAUGAGUUUAGGAAUUUGGAUAGAGACAUCGAGACUUCGUCUAAGCGAUGGAAGAAAUUCACCGAGUGUGAGUGCCCGGAACGCGAGAAAUUUCCACAAGAGUGGAAAAAUAAGACUGCACUCCAGCGGCUCUGUAUAUUGAGGGCUUUAAGGCCUGACAGAAUGACUUACGCGAUAUCCGCAUUCAUCGAGGAAAAACUAGGUGUUAAGUAUGUCGAGGGUAAAACUGUGGAAUUUGCUAAAUCUUACGAGGAAACGAGCCCUUCUACGCCAAUAUUUUUUAUACUCUCUCCUGGAGUGAAUCCUCUGAAGGAUGUAGAAGACUUGGGACGCAGAUUAGGAUUUUCAAUGGACGCUCAGAACUUCCACAAUGUUUCGCUGGGACAAGGACAAGAAACAGUUGCAGAACACGCGAUGGAUAUUGCGUCGAAAGAAGGCCACUGGGUGAUUUUGCAAAACAUCCAUUUAGUUAAAAAAUGGUUACCCUUGCUGGAAAAAAAGCUGGAGGUCGCGGCAGAAGGUUCUCAUCCAGAUUACCGAGUGUACAUGAGCGCAGAACCAGCAAGCACUCCAGCAGGUCACAUUAUUCCUCAAGGAGUACUAGAAUCUUCAAUUAAGAUCACUAACGAGCCUCCAACUGGGAUGCAAGCGAACUUGCAUAAAGCUCUGGAUAACUUUACCCAAGAAACACUGGAGAUGUGCAGCAAAGAAGCCGAGUUCAAGGCUAUUCUUUUUUCACUGUGCUAUUUUCAUGCUGUAGUCGCUGAACGACGGAAAUUUGGGGCCCAAGGGUGGAACAAGAUCUACCCUUUCAAUGUCGGGGACUUGAAUAUCAGCGUCAGUGUGCUUUAUAAUUAUCUUGAAGCGAGUCCUAGAGUCCCUUGGGAAGACUUGAGGUACCUGUUUGGCGAAAUUAUGUACGGCGGGCAUAUCACUGAUGACUGGGAUAGAAGACUCUGUGUGUCGUAUCUUGAGGAACUCAUGCAACCGGAUUUAGUUGAUGGAGAACUUCAACUUGCGCCAGGAUUCCCCGCGCCGCCCAACACCGACUUGGUGGGUUACCAUGCCUACAUCGACGAGGCGAUUCCGGCAGAAUCACCCUACCUCUACGGUCUUCAUCCGAACGCCGAAAUAGGAUUCCUGACAACGACUUCGGAGAAUUUGUUUAGGACCGUCUUUGAGAUGCAGCCAAGGGACGCCGGGGACUCGGGAGGUCAAACAGUCACCCGGGAAGAUAAAGUUAAGCAAAUCUUAGACGAGAUCGUGGAAAAGCUGCCCGAGGAGUUCAACAUGAUCGACAUAAUGGCCAAGGUCGAGGAACGCACCCCCUACGUAAUCGUCGCCUUCCAGGAGUGCGAAAGGAUGAACGGACUGACGGGAGAAAUAAAGCGGUCGAUGCGCGAACUCGAUCUGGGAUUGAAGGGGGAGCUAACCAUUACUUCUGACAUGGAAGACCUCGAGAACGCUUUGUUCCUUGAUCAGGUCCCACCUGUUUGGUCUCAGAGAGCGUAUCCUUCUUUGUUAGGCCUCACGGCCUGGUUCGUUGAUCUCCUGCUAAGACUCAGGGAAUUAGAGACCUGGUCGACCGACUUUGCGCUUCCAGCGUCUGUUUGGUUGGCCGGAUUCUUCAAUCCCCAGUCAUUGUUGACCGCAAUCAUGCAAUCCACAGCAAGAAGACAUGAACUUCCGCUGGACAAAAUGUGUCUUCAGUGCGACGUCACCAAAAAGAAUAAAGAAGAUAUUACAACUGCGCCGCGAGAUGGUGCCUAUGUACAUGGAAUAUUUAUGGAGGGUGCUAGAUGGGAAGUCCAACUAGGGAUUCUGACCGAUUCACGACCCAAAGAAUUGUUUCCAAUGAUGCCGGUAAUUAAUAUUCGGGCUAUUACUCAGGACAAACAGGAUAUGAGAAAUAUGUACGAGUGUCCUCUGUACAAAACAAGAACUCGCGGCCCAACUUAUGUUUGGACCUUUAAUUUAAAGUCCAAGGACAAACCGGCAAAAUGGACGCUUGCUGGUGUUGCGUUAUUACUUCAAAUAUAAUUUUAUUAGUAAUCAUUUUUAUAAAAAUUUUUUUUUUAAUAGAAUUUAAUAAAUUUAAUAUGUAAAUUUGUUAACUUAA